UGAGAAUGUUGACUUUACUCAUUUGGAAGGACCGCCUCACCGGCUUUCGCAGCCAUCAGAGCAGAGGCAUCAGCCAAUGCGGAAGGUCACACUGACAAAGGGGACAGUGCAGCAACCGUAUCAGCCUCAUCAGCACCAUCUAUCACAGAUUCAGUCUAUGUAUCCUCAAGGACUAAAAAAUAUCCCAGGGAUACAUCAAAUGAAAAAGGGUAUUCUGCAUGGGAGAGGCAGGGGGAUCGUGAGCCAGAUGGGCCGAGGCCGCUUAAUGUCAAGUAAGCCAAAUCUGCGGGUGGUGGAAUGCAAACCUCAGCCCAGUGUGGUGUCAGUGGAAGGGCUUUCUUCAUCCACCACGGACAUUCAGCUGAAGAACCUGCUCAUGUCAGUAGGACCCAUUCAGGUAUUCCUAUCACCAGUGAAGGAAGGAAGCAAAUAUAGUUCUGUGGAGUAAAAAUUCUCAGUGAAACCUCCUUUGUUGACUGAAUUUAUCACCUGCCCUCCCUCCAAAUUUUUUUUAUAUAUAUAAAGUUUUUAUUUUUUCAUUUUCAUAACAUAUAACCA